GCGAUGUCAUGAAUUUUGGCAAACAAACCAAAUAUUUUUACAAAAUAAACUUUAUCUACACUUUGAAGAAGAGGAAAAGAAACUCGGUUAAUCUGAAAUAACAUAUUAUCAUUUAUCACCAAGUUUACCGCCGGCAUCAGACGUUGUUUAAAAGCAGUCCGACAAAUGUAAACGCGGCCUAACAACAACCUUGAAAUCGUGUAAACACUUUAAAAUUACAUAAUAUAAUCUAAUACCGGUAAUCAUGAGUGCCAUGGGGAUAAACGCGCGCGUUCUCAAAACUGCGCAUUUGUUAGCAACAGGCCAAGCGAAGCACACAUUUCAGAGUAAAAGAACUUUUGCUGUAACAAAUAAUUUAAAUAUGAAGUUUGUUCAAUUUACGUAUCCUUCGAACCCGAAUGAGAUUCGAGUGGGAUAUUUAGAAGGGGAUAAAGUUGUAGAUAUUAAUAAGGCUGACUCAUUGAUGCCUUCUACGAUGUUAGGAGUGCUAAACUAUGAACAUUGCAAUAGGGUAUUUGGAUUUCCAACGCAUAAGCCUCCCUCGGUACCAGUUUCCGAAGUUACUCUCAAGGCACCAAUCACAGGAGUUGACAAGAUCCUGUGUGUAGCUUUAAACUAUGCUGACCAUUGUAAAGAGCAGAAUUUACAAGAACCCAAGAUACCAAUUAUAUUCAGCAAGUAUGCUCGGACGAUUAUUGGGCCGAAUGAAUCUGUGAAAAUAAGGACGGAUGUUGUUAAGAAACCCGACUGGGAAGUAGAACUGGCAGUCGUCAUCGGCAAGACUGGUACUAACAUAAAGGCGGAAGAGGCUAAAGACUAUAUCUUCGGGUAUACCAUCGCUCAAGACAUCACUGCCAGAGACUGGCAGAAGGAGAAAAAUGGCGGGCAGUUCUUACUUGGGAAGUCGCAAGACACAUUCUGCCCCCUGGGUCCGUACAUAUUAUCGGCGGAUGAGGUCCCAGACCCACACAAUUUGUCCAUUUGCUGCACUUUGAAUGGCGUGGUGAAGCAAAGCAGCAAUACCUGCCAAUUGAUACAUACCAUACCUAAGAUUAUUGAGAGGAUUACUACUGUAAUGACCCUAUACCCGGGCGACAUAAUAUUGACCGGCACACCCGGAGGAGUGGGGGUACACCGCAACCCCCCCGAGUUCCUCAAGCCGGGGGACAAACUCGUCAGUGAGAUCGAAAGGCUGGGCACUUUGGAAGUCAAAGUUGAACAGUUUUAGACAAAUCUUUGGUGUAAGACUAGCUAUUUCCCUACCCGUUCCCGGAUAAAUUCGCAGUUUUGCGAGAAUAUCGACGUAAUCCAAAGUUUUGUCAAAUUGAAUACUGUAUGCCAAACGAUCAUAAAUCUUCGAUAUUUUACCGUGGACGGAGGCGCGACGCCGAUUAUUGUUUUGAUACUACGUUAAUUUUUCUUUCUGGUAUGCACUUAAAGUUAAAAAAGAUCUAUAUGUUUUGGUUGCGUCACUAUUCUUGCAAGCUAGCGAAUUGGAUUACAUGUGUAGUGCAUGUAUUUACACACACAGUAGGUAUGGUUCAACCGCUUUCGUGAAAUAGGCGUUUUAGCAUCUAUAACAUUUUCAACUGUGGAAUGAACUGAAAAUUAUACAAGACAAUAAAGAUUAGUCAGACCAUGCAAUAGCCAAUAUUUUGGCUGCUAAAAUAUGAUUUACCUACCUUAUUUAAGUGUACUUAAUGUAAUAUGACGUUAUGUAAUAAUUCUGAAUUUGUGAAUGUAAAAUACUGCAUGCAUUUUGUACCAACGGACUUUUUUCACAGUAAUUGUGAUAUUAUGUCGAACUGUUUUAUAUCAAUUUAUUAUGUAAGGUUUAUAUGCGAUUUCUCUGAAUAUUGUUCACUUUACUAAGGGCCGAUUUUUCAAUCGUCAUAUAACUUUUAUCUGACGAUUUAAAAAUCGGCUCUCAAUGUACUUUUUUUUAUAUAUUCAUCUAUUAUAUCUUGCAAUGUUAUAUACAUACUUGAUAAUUUAUAUACUUAAUAUAUUUUUAAUAUUGUUGA